AUGAACACAGAAACGUUUAACAAUUCUAAUGGAUCCAGUCUAAUUCCACGAUAUUGCAGCCGUGACAAUAGGACUACACAUUUUGUGUUUCCGGUUUUGUAUGCCAUCGUAUUCAUCCUCGGAUUUAUUUUGAAUACCUUAUCUCUAUGGAUUUUCUUCUAUGUCCCCAGUAGCACGGUUUUUGUUAUUUUCCUCAAAAACACUUUGGUUGCUGACCUCCUAAUGGUAUUAAUGUUACCAUUCAAGAUUCUCACAGAUUCGGGCCUGGCGCCAUGGAAAUUGAAAUAUUUUGUUUGCCGUUUUUCAGCAGUGCUUUUUUAUGAAACCAUGUACAUUAGUAUAAUAUUUCUUGGCCUCAUAGGACUUGAUCGAUUUCUAAAGAUCGUCCGACCUCUAGAAAAGAACAGAAUGGAUAAAACAUAUAUUGCCAAGUGGAUUUCUCUAGGGGUAUGGAUACUUAUUUUUGGAAUCUCUCUACCAAACAUGAUCCUCUCCAAUAAAAAUGCGACAUCAGAAAGUGUUAAAAAAUGUGCCAAUCUAAAGAGCCCAUUGGGUCUCAAGUGGCACGAAACUGUUAAUUAUAUUUGCCAGUUUAUCUUCUGGUCUGUUUUUAUAUCUAUGAUCAUAUUUUACACGAUUAUCACCAAGAAGGUUUAUAAAUCAUACCAAAAAUCAAGAAGCACAAACUCUUCUAGAACAAAAAAGAUUAAGGCAAGGGUUUUUGUAGUGGUCGUGGUAUUCUUCUUGUGUUUUGCACCUUUUCAUUUCUCACGGAUUCCCUAUACGUUUAGUCAGACUGGUGUUAUAAAGGACUGUCACCUGCAAAAGAAACUGUUUCUAGCUAAAGAAAGCACGUUAUGGAUGGCAACCACCAAUGUGUGCAUGGAUCCCUUAAUAUACGUGCUACUGUGCAAGCCCUUCAGGAAACUGAUACUCAGGUUCUCUGGCUCUAGAAAUCCAAGCCUGGAAACACAAGUGGCUAAUGAGUCCACAGUGUAACCAAACAACAUCCUAAACAGCAGAAGUGUUCGUUCUCCCAGCACAAUGCACUUUAUGAUUACAGAUGCAG